AGUCCCAGAUGCACAGAGCGUGCGCAGGAUGACACUCUCGUCGAUUUACAGGGAGCUGGAGCUGGUGGAAGAGGACCAGAGUCUGUUGGUGUGAAACAGAGCGCUACAAGGAUCUCUCACUGACAAACAGCAAAAAACCAGAACAUCCCAGUCAAUGCACAGAAAAGAUACAGGCACCCGUCGCUUUGCAGUUACACCGGCGUUAACCCUUUAUGAAUAGACCCUCAACGACUGAUCGUCACAGCAGUCGAAACAGAUUCCUUACACAGUGUGGGAUUCCAGAGAGAGAGAGGACUAUAUCAAAAAUAGAAGGUGGAGGUCAAUACAACAUCAGGAUAAAAGGUUUCAAAGUGCAUCCAAGAGGUUUGCUAAAAGAAAGACUCACAAGAAGAGAAGUGGAGAACAAAACAAGGAACUGCAGCUGGCGGAUCUACUGGAUGUGCUGAAUCCUAAAGGUAUAGUCCUGAUUCAGGAGAGAAGAGGGACUUUCUCAGUGGGAGGCCACUAACAGUAUUAAAAGAUGCUGAGGAAGAGAUAUCUAACCCCUGGAGGAGCUCCAUUGAUUCUUCUUGUGUGUCAUUUAAUUAGAGCCUUGGAUGUACCGCUUGAUCCUAAAGUUCUGGAAGGAUUGCAACAACCACCCACCCUUACUCACCAGUCUCCAAAGGACUACAUAGUAGACCCUAGAGAGAAUAUAGUUAUACAUUGUGAAGCGAAAGGGAAGCCUACCCCCAGCUUUUCCUGGACAAGAAAUGGAACACAUUUUGAUAUAGAGAAGGAUGCAAAAGUAACAAUGAAGCCCAAUUCAGGAACGCUGCUCAUUGACAUUACUGGUGGUAAAGUCGAGGCAUAUGAAGGGGUGUAUCAGUGCACUGCAAGGAAUGAACACGGAACAGCAAUUUCUAACAAUAUAGUCAUACGACAGUCCAGGUCCCCCUUGUGGUCUAAAGAAAGAGUUGAUCCCAUUUUAAUCCAAGAGGGGAAUUCACUGAUACUUGAGUGUAGACCCCCGGUGGGUCUCCCUCCACCCAUCAUAUUCUGGAUGGAUAAUUAUUUUCAGAGACUGACACAAAGUGAGAGAGUUUCCCAAGGCUUGAAUGGAGACCUCUAUUUCUCUAACGUAAGAACAGAAGACACUCGAAAUGACUAUAUUUGUUACGCCAGAUUUAACCACACUCAAACUAUACAACAGAAACAACCCAUUUCAGUGAAGGUUUUGUCCAUGGAUGCAAUCAAUGAGACUAUUGCAGCUUUUUUGAAUGACACUGAAUUUUAUAGUGAUAGCCCAGCAGGGGAGAGAUACCCAACAUUUAUGAUUCCAAAAGGACGAACAAGUAAUAAACUGGUAUUGAGAGGACACGUGCUCAAGCUGGAAUGCAUUGCAGAAGGGCUGCCAACACCAGAAAUUCACUGGAGGAAAGAAAGUGGAGAACUACCAAGCAAGAGGACUUUUCAUGAAAACUUUCAGAAGACACUGAAAAUUAUUGAUGUCACACAGGCAGAUGCUGGACUGUAUCGCUGUAUAGCAAAGAACAGUUUAGGCUCUAUACACCACAUUAUAAACGUUACAGUAAUGGCUAGUCCAUAUUGGAUAACUGAACCCAAGAAUCUUGUAUUAGCCCCUAAAGAGACUGGUGUUCUUAUCUGUCGAGCCAAUGGAAGUCCUGAUCCUUCCAUCACUUGGUUAAUGAAUGGUAUUCCUAUUGAAAAUUCUCCUAAGGAUCUCAGCAGGAAAGUAGACGGUGACUCAAUAAUAUUCUCUGAUGUACAAACAGGAUCCAGUGCUGUUUAUCAGUGUAAUGUUUCCAAUGAAUUUGGAUAUUUGCUGGCAAAUGCAUUUCUUAAUGUACUUGCUGAACCACCAAGAAUCCUGACUCCAACUAACCAGAUGUAUCAGGUCAUUACCAACAGCCGUGCUUUACUAGACUGUGCAUCCUUUGGCUCUCCGAUACCUAAAAUUAAUUGGUUCAAAGAUGAUCAAACGAGUAUUCUGGAUGGAGACCCAUACGUUAUACAUGAUAAUGGCACACUGGAAAUCCAUGUGGCACAGAAAGACAAUAACGGGAAAUAUACCUGUAUAGCAAUGAAUGACUUGGGAAAAGCAGAGAACCGUGUCCAACUGGAAGUCAAAGACCCAACAAGGAUAAUAAAACAGCCUGAAUACAGAGUUGUACAAGUUGCUGGAAAAGUUAUUUUUGAGUGCAAGGUUAAACAUGAUCCAACCUUCACACCUACAAUUAUGUGGCUGAAGAACAAUGAAGAAUUACCAGACGAUGAGAGAUUUAUAGUUGGUGAAGACAGUCUGACUAUUGGUGAGGUUACUGAAAUCGACAAAGGCACUUACACGUGUGUAGCAAACACCUCAUUGGACAAGGACUCUGCCAGUGCUGAGCUGACUGUUGUUGCUGCUACCCCAACUCCAGCUGUCAUUUACGAUCGACCUGAUCCGUCCACUGAUUUAGAGCUGACAGAUGAACGUGAAAGAAGCAUUCAUCUCACAUGGACUCCAGGGUUUGACCACAACAGUAUCAUUCAAAAGUACAUAGUUGAGUAUGAAGAUGGACUUCAUGAACCAGGAGUGUGGCACUAUCUGACCGAGGUCCCUGGAACAAAGACCAAUGCACAUCUAAAACUAUCUCCACAUGUGCUCUACUCAUUCCGUGUGGUUUCCGUCAACGAAGUGGGAAGAAGCCAACCUAGCUAUCCCUCUCGACAGUACCAAACAGCACCGGCCGCACCAGAUGAAAACCCAUCAAAGGUAGAAGGUGCAGGAAAUGAACCUGACAAUCUGGUGAUAACGUGGGAGACUCUAACAGGUAUACAGUCAAAUGGACCAGGACUCCAGUACAAAGUUCAUUGGAGACAAAAAGAUGUGGAUGAUGACUGGACAUCUGUGACGGUUGCAAAUGUUUCUAAGUACAUUGUUUCGGGUACACAGACCUUCGUCCCAUACGAGAUUAAAGUACAAGCUUUAAAUGACCUUGGGAUUGCUCCUGAGCCUUCUACUGUUGUUGGAUAUUCAGGAGAAGACUUACCAAUGGCGGCCCCUGGAAAUGUACGAGUUCGUGUGGAGAACAGCACACUGGCAGAAGUCCAGUGGGAACCAGUUUCUCCGAAAAGUGUUAGAGGGCACCAGAAAGGAUACAAAAUUUACUACUGGAAAGAGAGAAGUGUAUUUAAACGGAGUCGGCGUCAUGUAGAGAAAAAGAUCUUGACAUUCAGUGGAGACAAGACUCACGGGAAGCUACCGGGACUGGAACCUUUCAGCCUUUACAAACUCAACGUGCGGGUGUUUAACGGGAAAGGAGAAGGGCCUCCUAGCCCCGAUGAACAAUUUGAAACUCCUGAAGGAGUACCCAGUGCUCCUGCGUUUUUGAAGAUUUUGAACCCAAUGCUUGAUUCGUUAACCCUGGAGUGGGGAGCUCCUUCUCAUCGCAAUGGUCUUCUGACCGGCUACACACUGAAGUACCAACCAAUCAACAACACCCAUGAACUGGGUCCUCUGGUGAAGAUUAUAAUCCCUGCCAAUGAAACUAACUGGACAUUGAAAAACCUAAACUACAGCACACGCUAUAAAUUUUAUUUUCACGCCCAAACAUCAAAGGGACCUGGAAACAUAAUAACAGAAGAAGCUGUAACAAUUAUGGAUGAAGCUCGUAUUAAUCAACCUGCUGUAGAUGCAGACAAAGGGUAUUCAGAACCCCCUCUUGCAACUUCCCUUCCAAUGCAUACUCUCCGUCCCACAUUCCACAAGGUCCGCCCCGUUGGUCCAGUAUUUGGAAACAUUAAUACAACUGCUUCGGAGGACUUUGCAAAUAUCAGUUGGGAGUAUUGGGGACCAGAUAUGAGCUUUUAUAUUGAAUAUAUGGUAGAAGACAGUAAAGAAGACUGGAAAAAAGAGUUUGUAAAUGGCACUCAAUCCUUCUUUGUGAUAAAAGGCUUAAUGCCAGGAACCACAUAUAAAGUGAGAGUUGUUGCUAAGGGUCAUUCUGAUGAACCUGUUCAGAGUACAGAAGAAGUUUUUAAAACCGAUCCAGCAAUGGCAAGUCGACAAGUAGAUAUUGCCACCCAAGGAUGGUUCAUUGGUUUGAUGUGUGCGAUUGCCCUUCUAAUCCUGGUUUUAUUGAUUUUUUGCUUUGUCAAGAGAAACAAAGGUGGUAAAUACCCAGUGAAAGAAAAAGAAGAUGCCCACCCUGAUCCAGAAAUCCAGCCUAUGAAAGAUGAUGAUGGAACAUUCGGUGAAUACAGUGACACAGAGGACCAUAAACCUUUAAAAGGAAGCCGGACCCCAUCCAAUGGGACUGUAAAAAAAGAGGAUAGUGAUGACAGUUUAGUUGACUACGGUGAAGGAGGAGACGGCCAGUUCAAUGAAGAUGGCUCUUUUAUUGGACAGUAUAGUGGAAAGAAAGAAAAAGAAACUGCAGAAGGCAAUGAGAGCUCUGAGGCCCCUUCUCCAGUUAAUGCGAUGAACUCCUUUGUGUAACUUGGGGAAAUAGAAACUUUUCAAGUGGCUGUAUACACCUUUACCUUACAGGCUGAUCCAUGUACACUGUGACCUGCCAUCCCCUGCACAAAAAUUUUUUGAAAAUAGAGAAAGAUGUUUAAUGUUACGAAUGAUCAUUAAAGCAAUAGGGGGGAUUUGUACUCCAAGUACACACAGGCUGCCUAAUGUGUGAGGUAAAGAAAGUGGGUUGUGUAACUGCCGUCUUAUGCUUUGCAUACAUCAUUUUUUGUCAAAAUAUAUAUAUAUAAUGAAUUGGCAACUACAUAAUCCCAAUCCAUAUUUCAUCAGCUUCUCUAAUAGUGCAUGAGAACAGAAAAAGCUGCAAUGUUUGCCGCACUUAACACAGACAGAUCAGUGUAUACUGUAAAACAGUGGAUUCAUUUUAGACUAUACAGUGCACAUCUCAAUUACUGAUAUGCAUUUUAGUUUUACUGUCAAAGUGUUAUAUUGGUAUUAUAUAAAGCAUCAAUGUCGUGGACAUUGUUAUGAAAAGUGUGAUUAAAUGUAUAGCUAUUAUAUGUAUUUUUUGCAAGACAGGAGCUGUUUGUAUAUACAGUAUUUACAAAGGACAACCUGUAGAACCUCGAAAUUGGGGAAAUAGUUUUUAUGCAUCUGUUCUCAGUGUGUAAGUACUCUAUAGUCACCUUCACUUUUCGAGCAUUCAGCAGUCUUACAUAUAUAAGAUAAUAGGUUUUUAGAUUUUAAAGGACUUUUUGUAUGGCUGACUUAUUUCAUAUUGCAAUUGCACUAAUUAAUAAGGAUACUCAACACGCUACAUGUGUCAAAAUAUUAAAAUACCAUUAACAUAACUUUGCAUUGCCUUUGUCUGUUUCACAUUCCAGCUGACUAUGUGAACAGUGAUAUAAAAAGUUGUUUGGUACUUACAUUUAAGGUUAAAGUGGCAUCAAACUUCACAGAUGUCUAGUUGCAUUCUCAAAAAAAAAAAAAAAAAGAAAAGUGUUGUGAGUGACCCUCAGUAAAUAGUGCCUUUGUAGUGAACAGUGUUUUUCAUCGACUACUAUACAAGUGAAUACAUUUUGAGUUGAGUACUGCAAGUUAUGGGGGAAUAUUUAAAAUACAAAUACAAUUGUAUUGUGUAAUGGCAAUGCAGGGGAUUUCUUAAAAGUCUCUUACAAGAUGUGGAUAGAUAUCACUUAUAAUGAUGUUCUGUAAAUAUACAGUAUAACCAUGUUUUGUUAACAAUAUGCUACAGUUUUAGACACCCUGAUUACAGAACCUUCAGGAUUAUUAUCUGCUAUUUAUAUAUCUGGCAGCUUCUAACUAAGGAACUGAUUCACUGCCAUUUUGGAAAUAUAUUCCAAGCACUUAACAUUUUCUGAUAAAUUUUUUACAGUUUCCUCCAUUGACUUGUAGGGCAUGCGUGUUCAGUUGCAAACAAUACAAUACAAAUGGCUUUGGUACAACAUGCUAAAGACAUCACUAUUUUGCAAAGGUACAAAUUUAAAUGUGGCUUAAAAUAGAUUAGUGUUAAAGUACUUAUAGACAAUGUAAUAGCCUUAUGGUUGAAACUACAGGAUUUCAUAAUUUGGUUUUCAUGACUUGCAUCAAGUUUAAGUUUUAAUGUUAUGCUUUUACGUGUCGAUAUGUUGUUGAAUGUGUAAAUAUAGCCUGUUCUGCUGUAGACUCAUUAAGGCCUGAAGAAAUUAGAAGACAGCCUAACAUGUACUGUGUAUGAAAUGAUAUGGCCAGUGGAGUGAAUUGCAGUGAAUAUUAUCUACUAUACAAGUUUGUUUGCUGUGAACUUCGUAAAUUAUUACUCACAAACGGCAAGCCUUUCAAAUGUUGUUUUUUUCACAAGCUUAAAAUCAGAAGAUAGGCACAGUGCAACUUUCAAAUAAUGUUGUUUGUCAAGUGGAACCAGUUUCUCCUUUCCUGUAUUCUUUUUGAAAAUCAACCAAUACAAAGAAGACCUGCAGAAAAGCAACAGCACAUCCAGCAGACGAUUUCUUAAAAUCCCCCUUUUUUUUGCUACUGAUGUAAGAGAGGAAUGAUACUCUGGUAACUGUGGAUGCUAAACUAAUCUGUGCAUGAAAGGCUGCCAAAUUGGUUACUCUAUAAUAUUAUUGCAAAAGAUUUUGUAUUAAAAAAUAUAUAAAUAAAUGUGGUUUCAGAAUUUCACUAUCA